CAUAUAUAGAAAAACAUAUCUGUAAUGUACAACAUGGCUACAUCAUCAGUUAAGAGUGCCUUGAGAAGUAAAAUGAAGAAUAUCCUUAAAAAUGUUAGCCCAGAAGAGAAAAAAAUACAAUCUGCAAAAGUGUUUGAAAAAUUAUGUGCAUUGAAGCAAUAUCAAGAGAGCAACAGAAUUUCGUUGUACCUGAGUACUGAAGAUGAAAUUGAUACUCUGCCAAUCUUAAAGCAUAUAUUUGAUUUGGGGAAAGAGGCAUUUGUACCAUUGUAUCAUGGAAAAACUAUGGAGAUGGUAAAACUAAAAUCAAUGGAUGAUUACGAGACAUUGCCAUUAACAAAGUGGAACAUUAAACAGCCAAACAUCAAUGAAUACCAUGAAAAUGCUUUGGAAACAGGUGGAUUAGAUUUCAUAAUUUUGCCAGGAGUUGCUUUCACCAUGAACGGAAAACGUCUAGGGCACGGAAUGGGAUAUUACGAUAGAUAUUUAAAAAAAUAUUUUGAGAAAAAAAGUACAAGACCAUACUUGAUUGCGCUAGGAUUCAAAGAACAGAUACAAGAAGAUAUACCAAGUAACGAACAUGAUGUGCUUGUUGACAUUGUACUCAGUGGACACUGAAUAGAAUACAAUACAGAGCAACAGAAUGAAAAAAUAAAAAGAUCAUAACUUUGUUUUGUGCAUAA